ACACUGUAAAUCAAUUACAAUAGUUUGUGUAACCAAACUGAAUUAAAUACAAGAUUGGAUUAUUCGUAAUACUUGUGGAACUUCCAUCGUUUUUUUUUUAAUAUAGAAGAGUGGCAAUAGAAAAAGAUGGGACAAUCUUCGUCUAAAGAAACAGACGCAGAGACAACGCUAGCACAAUCGGGACCACCGCCUAAAGCACGGCCUAAAACACCACCACCAAAGCUUUAUGACACACCCUGGAGAUCGCAUGAAUCUACUUUUGACUCUUUGGUUACCGAUAUUACUGCUAUAAACCCGGGCUGUGUUGCAAAUAUACUACUUCUUGGUCCAACUGGUUCAGGAAAAUCAUCGACCAUUAAUUCUAUUUUGACAGUAGCUGCAGGUCGCAAAAUAAAUAAGGCAUAUACUGGAAAUAAAGACACAAGUUUUACGAGAAAUUAUGACCAGUAUAAAGACGUGGGAUUCCUGCAAAAUUGCUGCCUUUGUGAUAGUAUGGGUCUAGAACAAGUGCUAGAUGGUGGACUUUUAGUGGAUGAUCUUGUGUACCUUCUGAAGGGACAUAUCAAGAAAGACUACCAGUUUAACCCAAGAUCGAAGAUCGCAGAAAGUGAUCCUUGUUAUAGACGAAAACCUAAGGCUAAACACCAGAUUCACUGUGUUGUAUUUGUUCUGGAUUCAACAGUUGUUGAAGAAAACAUACUUGGUCCUUAUAUAACAAAGAUUAAGGCGUUUCAAGAGGGAACAAAAAAUUUAAAUAUUCCGGCUGUUCUUAUUCUGACCAAAAUUGACAAGCUUUGUUCAGAAGUAGCGGCUGACAUCAAUACAACAUUUCGAAGUAUCGCAGUACACGAAGCUGUGACAAAGGCAUAUGAGAUAUUCGGAAUUCCUGAAGGAAAUAUCCACCCAGUUAAAAAUUAUGAGCUGGAUAUUGAAACUACUCAGGAAAAAAGCAUCUUUAUUUUGCUAGCACUGAGGCAGAUCCUGCAAUAUGCAUCAGAUCAAAUAGAGGACGUCAAAACAGAUGUAAAGAAACAGUGUAUUGUGUCAUAACAUUUAUAUUACAAGUAGUUAAAAUCAAAUGUAUUUUAUUAUAUCAAGGGAAAGACGAUAACAUUAGCUUAAUAUUCUGCAGAAAAUAUCAAAACAAACUUUUUGAAACUAUAUGUAUUUGAAAUUACUAACCCAUCUUACAUCAAAUUAAAGCAAAUUUCGGCCGAACAUAAGGGUAAGAUUGUUGGGGUUUUUUUCGCAACAAGUAUAAUAUGAAUGAUAAGAGGGUACAUAAUUGGCCAAAUUUAUUUUUGUUUUGGAGGUAUGUUUGUUUGCAAGAAAUAUUAAAAAAAUUUUUUUUUUAAAUAUUCGCAAGUUCUCCUGAGUUUAAAACGUUUAAUUAUUAACGUAAUGCAAAUGUACAGAAAACAAUAUUGAUGGAAUUAAGAUAUUUGUUGUGUUGAUGAUAAACAGGUAUAAGUUUGACUUUGACGUUUAUGAGUUCAAUUCAUAGACUUGUUUUCGUUUUCGAUUAGAUAGAUCAGCAUGAUUUGAUUUGCCUUAUUAAGAUAAGACUCUCUUCUAGUCAUAACUAAUGAGAAUAGUGCAGUGAUUCGUGACGGUUUAUCACAUAGGCGGUUGGAGUUCAAUACUCCGACAUUGCUUAUUUUUCAUUUUUCCGACAUUUGGUCUCAAGGUAUUAUAUUUUGCCAGCUAGAGUAUUUAAACGGAUUGCAGAAAAUUUGAGGCUUUUAAUUCAGUUUAUAGAAAUUUACCAUGUUUUAAGUUAUUAAAUUUGGCUUCGCCUCAUUUCCACAACGCCAUAUGUCAAUUUUGGUCAAUGUAAAAUAAUCAUUUAUUUUGUCUCGCUGAGCUCUAUCAUAAUAUCUUGAUUGCUCCCUUGUGGAACGUAUAUAAUUAGAGUAAAUCGCAUUUGCACAAAGCCCUAAGUCGUCGAAAACACUAAAGGUAAUUUUCACAAUGCCGCUUUUUGAAACACCAAUGACAUGUCAUAUCACAUCACGUGACAAUAGCAUUAGGAACAUGGCGAGGUUUCAGCUAAAAGGGUACAUAUUUUAGAAUAUAUUUUGCAGAUAUAUAUAUAUAUAUAUAGAGAGAGAGAGAGAGAGAGAGAGAGAGAGAGAGAGAGAGAGAGAGAUUUGAGUAUAUAUAUGCAAAUGUUGAACCAGUGCAAAUGCGUAGUAAUGUCGGGCCCGUAUAUAAUGCAGCAUCGAAACUAAUUGUUCCUUCUUAAGGGAAGGAACACUUAUGGUGAACAUGUCACACUUGACUGAGCAUGUAAUGGAUACAAGGGUACCGUCAAAGGAAUCCGAAUUCUCGUUGGGCGCCGUCAUCUUGGACGCAUGCAUAUUCAUUACCAAUAGCCUCUAGCCCUAAAUGUGUUUACGCAUAAUCAAUCUUUAUUUCAAUCUUUAGUGCAAUACAACUACGUAAAAUAACAGAACAACAAGACAACAAGGCUCAAUAAUAAAGUUCAAAUAAUGUAACUCUUCAUUUGAAUAUAUCUUAGUUAAGAAUCGAGAUUAAUGAAAUGAAUAUGCAUCAACUAAAAAUAGACUCCCGCCAAAAAAAAAUACGUAAUGAAAUUGUCCCUGGUCACGUGAUUUUUUUAGCUUCUUACAUUUCAAUAUACAAAUUUCAGAUUUGCAAAUGCUUUCUUUUGCGUACUUUUUACCCUUCCUGAUUUGUUUUUCGAAUUGUAAAUGCAUGUAUGAAAUUCCUUUUUAUUUUAUGCUUAUUGGUGAAAUACUGGAAAAUAGCAGUGAGAUAUAAAUCGAUAUCACUCACAGUGCCGAACUUCCUUUUUUCCAGAUAAAUGAUCUCCCUUGAAAUAUAUUCUUUAAUUACCUCCCUUAGCUGCCUUUAAAAUUACUGGAUUAUACUAAUACUCAAGCAAUACAGGAGUCGGGAACUGCUAGACAAUCCUAUAUAGAACAGGCUAGCUAUAUAAUUAAAUUUGCAAAAGAAAUAAUGCUACCUUUGUCAGCUUGGUUGCUAGGCCUUGCCAUUCAUGUAGCUACAGACAUGUGCGUUUCCUCUACUUUUUUCCAUUGGUUCACUGUCGUGUGGUAGAUUUUACUGGCGACAACACAUUCAGUUGGUUGUUGUCUUAGUUAAUUAUCACAAGACAUCAACUCAACCUUACGUAAUAUGCCAGCAUUUUUCGUCGAAGUACUUUCCCACUCCAACUCCAAGCCCAGACAGUCGUGUUCCAACUUCCAUCCAUUUUGUUAUGCUAUGCAGCUCCUAGAUCAAUAUUUCCUAGCUAUUUCUAUUGAAUCCAUGAUGAUAUUUAAUUCUGCAGCUUGAUUUUCCAAGGACUUACGCAUAUUCCACAGUUGUUUAGAUUUCUAGUGUUUGUUUUUUUUAAUCUGACCUUCAGCGUGUGUUUUGGUAAACAAAGCAAGCUUCCGGUUAUUCAACGAACUGACGGAUUGACCCGAAAAGUUUUAAAUAUGCUUCUACUUAACUACCGGCAUUUGUCAAUGUCUCUGUUAGCCGCGGACUAUGUAUUUUUACACAAAAUAUUUAAAUGCAGUUUUUGUUUUUAAAAACAAAAUGGCGUCGUGUUGAUUUAAUGAACCAUAUCACCAAUAUUCGAUAUUAAUGUGCCUAAGUGUCCAUGGUAAUUUAGCGGAUGUAUCAUAUGUAACACGGUAGCUUAAAUAAAUCCGAAUUUCGUCAUGAAAUAUUGGAUUUAUAUGAACAUUUAUGCACGUAAUAAACAGAAAAUUUGUUGAUCUUCACAAACUAGCAUAGAAUAAAAAGAAAAUUUGUUUGUUUGCAGUGAGAUAUCGAAAUAUAUCAUCACCAAUAAGGGAGACAAUUCUGAUAUUUUCACGAAUUGUCUCCCUUAUCGGUGAUGAUAUAUUUCGAUAUCUCACUGCAAACAAACAAAUAUCCUCUAUGUAUUAAGUGUGCGGGUAAUCGCUGGAGUAGUUGCGUGAUGAAAAUAUCCGGAAUUGAAAUACAGACUGUAAGACAAAUGAUUCCAAAAAGCAUAAUAUGUACUGCACUUGCUUAUAUUAAAAAAAAACAAAAAAAAAAAAACAACAACAACAACUUUGGUUUAUGAUAAAACUGUUAAUACUUAGAUUAGUUCUUAAACAGUUAAGUUUGCACCAAAAAUGACAAAACAAAUUUUUCUCUUUGCAUCAUUAAACAUUUGUAACAUUAUGCUAAAACAAUAUCCCUUAAAAAGAAUAUUUUAUAUGCGCUAUAGAAGGAACGUUUUGGUAAGCUAAAUCUUGUCUUAUUGGGUUAGUGGACUUGUUGUGGCAUGUGCGUGUUCGUUUGUACUGCUAGGAGCUUUUCCGGUAUAUGUCUGGUGUAUUAUGGUGUUGAUUUAGUUCGUUAAAUUCUCUCAACUAUAUAAUGAUUUAUGAUACGAACAUGUAUCUUAGCGGAUCUCACGUAUGGGGAAGUCAACUGUUCUGAAUUUAAUUAUAUCCCUUAAUGCAAACUACUUUACUUGCUAUUUAUUUUAUUUUUACAAAUUCGUAAAAUUCUGGUGUAUAUAAUUUGUGCUAAAAGAGCGCAACAUUUGCUGCUCAACUCAAUGUUAAAGAGAUUCUAAAAAAGCUUAUUAGCUUACUACUUGAUCCCUUGCUUUUGUAACAUAUAUUGUAAUCACAUGCUAUUUGUUGAAUAAAAUAUUGUUUAAACCAA